AUGAGUUCGAAGAGAUACGAAAAAUGUCUACAAGUUCAGCUCUGGGCAGCUAUUAUGUGGACUCUAUAAUAGGGCUCGAGGCGGAGGAUGUUUAUGGAGCGCGGUUUGUCCAAGGUUCACACACCGCGCCCGCGAGGCUGUCAGGUGUUGGAGAAAAUGCGGAUUUUUCCUCGUGCAGCUUCGCUUCCAAGUCAGCCGUGUUCCCUGCGUCCCGGUCUUCGGUUCAUCAACCCUCCACUGCUGUGUCCGGAAUUUACCAUCCUUACGUUCACCAGACCCAUCUGACAGACAACAGAUACAUUCGCUCCUGGAUCGAUCCAGUAUCAAACCAUAUCCCUUAUUCCGGUUUCCAUACCAACAGUCGGCAGAGCGGGACAAAAACGGAAAGUUUACCCUCGAAAAGGGCUGAAAGCGGAGCUUUUGAAGCGGAGACACCAGUAGUUCCCGAAUUCAGCUGCAGUGCUGGAACCGAGUGCGUAGACAAAGCUACUGAAGAAACCGAUGGCAAUGAUAUUUCGAGUCACGGUGAAGCGAAAGACGAGAAACAACAACAACAACUGGACUCAAGCAACCCUGCAGCAAACUGGAUCCAUGCACGUUCAACAAGAAAAAAACGAUGUCCGUACACUAAAUAUCAGACACUGGAACUGGAAAAGGAGUUUCUUUAUAACAUGUAUUUAACGAGGGAUCGCCGCUAUGAAGUUGCACGAAUCCUGAAUUUAACGGAGAGGCAGGUUAAAAUCUGGUUUCAGAACAGAAGAAUGAAAAUGAAGAAGGUGAACAGGGAGAGAAGCAAUAAAGAUCCUCAAUGAAAAGCGUAAUACUUCAGCUGAAUAGCUCACUUGCGUUCAUUUCAUAUUUGCUUGGUUUAGGAUGCAAAUUUUGUCUUUGUGUUCUUUUUUAGUUUAUUUCAGUUAGAAUUCACGACUGUAUUACCCAGUAUUGUACCGGCAUAUUGGGUACAUAUUUCUGAUACAAAAAAGCUACUAUUUGUGUGACCUUGAAAUUGGAGUUUCAUGCUAAUUGUACGCACAAGGUUUGAUGAAAUCAUAUGUGUUUAUUAUAAAAAAUAGACGUUUGGCUUUGAUCGCCUAAAACGGGGUUCUCUGCAACCUGGUGGAGUAGUUUAUUAAUGCUCUGAGAAUCUAAAAAAUGUUUAAGUGUCGUGCACUCUAAAAGCCAGUAUAAAAUAGUUAGCCUACAUAUACCAACUCGUAAAAAUCAUAACACUUAAAUUAGGAUAGAGUUCGUGGUCUUAUAGUUCGGAAUUAUUCUCCUGGUCUCUUUGUCUAUAAUGCAUGCAAAACACUCCACCCUCGUCCAUCCACAUUACAUUUCUGCUUGUCUUUCUUUUUCUUUUUUUAUGGAAUUUAAGUCAGAGAAUAUCAUCUUGUACAUAUUGUCAUUGGGUAAACAGUAAACGAACUUUUUAAUUGUAGUGUAUCUUAUUCUGCCAUUGUGAUGCCUCGUUCUCGUCUCCAAUGCUGUAUAGUGCAUUUGCUGUCGAAUACUCAAAUCGUGAACUUACUGGGUCAGGUUGUGAAAGAAUGUUUCUUUUCUAAACCAAUUUUUACAAAUAAAUCGAGGGUGUGACAGACUGCAAAAUCUGCUUAUUUACAGAUAUCUUGCAGCAUUAAUGUUUAUAUACAUAUGCUGCUGAAAAUGUUUUGUGACUAGAGGAAUUUUUGACCACAAAAUAGAGGUUAAUUGUUCGGGAAUAUUGAUAAAAACUUUGGUUAAAAAGGUGUUUCAAUGAACCCCAAUUUAUUGUCAAACCUGUACCAAGAAUUGCUUUAGAGCAGGAAGAAACUGGGUCCAAUAAAGCUAU